ACUCAUAUUAGGGAUUCAAAAUCAGUUAUUUGGGCACAGUUCAAAGAUAUCGUCACACACGAAGAGGUAAACAUCUCUGUGUUUAACAGUCGCAAGAAUAAUCUGAAUGCUCACAUGAGAGCAGAAAAAAAAUGGUUGGCGGGGCGGGCCGGAGAAAGUGUGGGAUGGAGGCAGCCGCAUGUUUCUACUCUUGAUGAUUGGUUUGAGCCACUUUGAAGGGGCGGGACUUCUGCCACUGCUUCUCCAGCGAGGGAGAGCCAAAGAGAGAGCGAGAGCGACGGUGGGAGGGAGACUGGGAGUAAGAAAGAGACUGUUACUAAAGGAGGAUAAAUCAUCACCAAGAGGAGGAGGAGGAGGAGGAAGAGGGUUCGUCCAGCAUCGGUAUGCCUGCCCACCUCGUUCCCCCUUCAGAUAUUGUUGCCGCUCCUCCUUAUAGAAAUAACAGCUGAGGUGCGGAGGUGUGUUUAAGCGUCCGUGUGUGCGAUCAGGCUUUUUCAACAUCGCUCAUAACACCGCUUGCCUUUCAGCGGUUAACUUUGGCAAAGGACGAGACGGAAACUUGGGGUGGAAAGAGCCGGGGAAAUACGGAAGUUUGCCGGCAAUGAGAGAGCGUCGUUGAUGACCGCUUUGUUUUUUCAGCAUGUUACAAAGAAAGAUUUUUUUACUGGGAGCUGUUUUUGGGGUUUUGUGGACUACAAAAAUAUAAGAGGGACUCCUGUCGCUGUCCCAUAUGCUGCCGACUGGAUUAUUUCUUCAACAGAGGAAAGCAAGCGACAUUUUGCGUUAAUUUGCCUCAGAGGGCUUCAUCGCCUCCUUUCCAUCCCUCUUGCAUUUGAAAUGAAGUGGCAGAUUAACGGAAUUGAGACAUGGAGCAUUUGGUUUAGAUUGAAACUACAUUGCAGUUAGUUUCAAGGACCUGCCAAAACAGUCCUUGGGUUCAAGCUCGGACCCCGAGAGACGUCCUUCUGCCCGAGAUGAUGAAUUCCUACCUGGAUCCACUCAACCAGAGCUCCGCUGACCCGUCAAACUACUCCGCUCCCUUUUGCCUGCUUGAGAUAAGCUAUUCCAAAAUUAUCACCACCUGCCUGCUUGAAGUCUCCAUUAUCCUCCUCCUCACCGUUCUGAUUAUUUCGGGCAACCUGGUGGUCAUUUUUGUUUUCCACUGCGCCCCUUUGCUGAGCCAGCACACCACCAGCGCCUUCAUCCAGACCAUGGCAUACGCCGAUUUGCUCGUCGGUGUCAGCUGUCUCUUCCCCUCCUUGUCUUUACUUCAUCACCUCCAAGGACUCGACCCCAAACUCACCUGCCAGGUGUUUGGCUACCUGGUGUCUGUUUUGAAGUCUGUCUCCAUGGCGUCGUUAGCAUGCGUGAGUGUGGACCGCUACAUCGCCAUCACGCAACCCCUGACCUACGCGGCCAUGGUAACGCCGUGUCGAGUGCGUUGCUGCAUCGUCCUCAUAUGGUUGUACUCCGCAUUGAUCUUCCUCCCGUCAUUCCUGGGUUGGGGAAAGCCCGGUUACCACGGCGAUGUCGUGGAGUGGUGCGCUGUCGAGUGGAAAACCCAACCGGCCUUCACAACCUUAAUCGUCGUCCUUCUCUACGCACCCGCCGCUCUCACCGUCUGCUUCACUUACGUCAACAUCUUCAAAAUCUGCCGGCAGCACACUCGGGAGAUCAGCGAACGGCACGCACGUUACCGACCCCAACCCAAUCAAGACCCCGGUUUGAUAUCUGGAUCUCUGGACAAAGACAACGGCGAGCUUGAGCAAAAGCAAUCGCCCGGCUUGUUCAAACCUCAGAAACACCAGCAUCACUAUCAACAACCGACUUACCCGGACAAACGGUACGCCAUGGUGCUGUUCCGCAUCACCAGCGUCUUCUACAUCCUCUGGUUGCCCUACAUCAUUUACUUUCUGUUGGAGAGCGGCGGAAUCUACCACCACUCCGCAGCGUCUUUCCUCACCACUUGGCUGGCCAUCAGCAACAGCUUCUGCAACUGUCUCAUCUACAGCCUCUCCAACUCCGCCUUCAGGAAGGGCCUCAAGCGACUCUGCUCGUACUGUUUGCAACGAGGCGGCCGCGGCUUCAGCGUCCGGAAACCCAAAAAGGCUUUCAUCGGUUCUGUCGAACAGGGAUGUGCUGGGACAGCCUACGGAUCCGGUCACGGAAUCGGCACAACCUGUCACGUGUAGUAGGACAGCCUUGCAAUUUGGCAUCUGAACCGCUCGGGAAAAAAACGUCUUUUAACGAUCCCACGAAGAAAUGAAGGGGGUCGUCGUUGUGCCACAGCUGUUUCCUUCGCAUUUGGAGGUCACACAGAUGUCCUCUGUGAUCACGCCACAGCUGGCAGCAGGAGGGAGCCUAGAGUGAAGCGCUGAAGGAUAAACUCACCCUGCAAGGUGUCAUUCAUUCAAGGAAGAGACAGUAGUGAGAGAUGGAUGCGAAUUUAGAGCAGGUCGAACCUUUGGUCGCGUGUAUCUAACUUAUUUUGUCAGUCCAGAUCACAAACAUUAUAGCGAACUGAGCUUUUAUGUCAUUUGAAGUUCUUUGAGGUGUUCCUGCCAUUCCUCCCGUCCUUAGAAUAAUCCAAUUGUGUGUACAUUGUCAAUGACUGACAAGCAGUAGAAAAGUAAAAUCAGUUUUCUAUCAAUUUUCUAUUGGUUUGGACAAAAUAUUCAGUCUUGAUGAAAUUUCAACAAAUUUCUAAUGAAUGACCACGAAAGGCUUUGACUGUUAGCCAAACUGCUGUUUAUUUUUGAAAUCCCUUUUCUCUUUGCAUGUCAUGCAGCUUUCAACCCCAAUUUUCUCUCCUGUCUUAUUCAUUUCAUCGCACGAAUUUAUUUGCCGUGCAAAAAAAGAACAAGAGUGGAUGUUUUCACACUAAAUGUACGCUGAUAACUGGUACAGCUUUAAUAAUCUGGUACAUCUUCCGCCUAAGGACGUUGGUCUGAUGACACGCUGUGUGUUCCGCCGGAGCUGAAACUUCACGUUCCUAAUAUGAAAAACUGCCUUGUUGUUAGUUUGAUGCAGUAUUGUGAUGGCUGUAAUGUACCUGUGCGUUUGCACAAAACCUUGAGCAAAACUCACAAGAACAAAACAAAGAGACCGUUCUCUCCGGCUUUUGAAAGGAAAGCGACCCCUGAGACUCGCAUGUAUCCGUGUGCAUGCGUGAAUUGUAUGUUCCCCAUCAUCAUUUGACUUUUCGGAGCUUGCUGGAACUUGACAUUCAGAAAGCUGAAUAGAUCCAUUGUACGAGUACAAACCGUGGAAAGAUAUAUAGCUUUAUACCUAAUGUUGUAUACCAAAGACAGAUUUUUUUUUUUUUUAUUGGUAUCCACUAUGGGGACUUGUAAAUAUUUGAGGGGGUUCUACACUUUUGGUGUAGAUGGUCAAGACUGUGAAGUUGUUGCCUUGAAAGUGGGAUCGCGUUACCUUUACAGACAAGAGGGCUCCGUUUUGUAGACAUGUGACUGUUAGACCGAAAAAGACUCGGCUGUCAAUUUUCCGUUUGCAAAAAGCAGCCAGCCAAGAAAGGUCCAUUUGCUGUACAUUGUAUUUAGCUUGUCACACUUGCAUGGUUUCAUUUCAUGGUGUUCUUCUCGCUUUUGUCGGUGACUCAGCUCGGGGUAUAACUAGAACGCGACCAAUGGCUGAACAAGACUGUUAAUUAAAGCAACGCGGGGUUUCACCUUGGGUUGCUCGACUCUCUCCCACACGAGGAUAUUUCAAGUGUUUUUUUUGUGGGUGUACGGUUUUGUAAUUAUGCGCCAUGGUGAUAGAUUCACGUGAUGUCUUACGAAAUGCUGUCGUUUGUGAAGCGGUGCCAAAUAUGAUAAUCGUUUGUUACUACCUUCUGUCGUCACCUCAUUGUCGGUGUAAAGAAACGGCAUAUUGAAUGUGUGUGUUUUAUUUCAUUGUGAAGACAUAAACGAGGCAGAACCGAACUGCGAUUUUAUUUAUUACGAAAGUGCAUCUUUCCCUUGGCGGGUUUUAUCGAGGCGAUCCUACUGUAACAUGUUGGUUUUUUUUUUGAAUCUUGAAAAGAUUGUCAGAUUUUAAUCUACACAAGUGAUCUCAAUUUUUUUUUCUUUCAAGAAAAUUCAAGGUCAGAUGACGGGUGUUGCUGCUGCCAACAAAUUUUAUGUGCACUACUUUCUGGAUUGUUUGUUGGUCAGGAAGCAAGUGGAGUCAAUAUUUUGUUCAUAAAUUCCCAAUCUGUACAUACAUACAGCAUGACUCCUUGUAAAUAAAAGCCUCAAGAGAUACUAUCAUUAAAUUAUUACAUUCAAUUCCAGUGCAAAUACUUUAAGAGGUUGUGCAACCUUAAUCAAUUCACUUUGAACCAAUUUAACACACAUGGAAAGCUGGAGACAGCCAUUUUCUUAUCUGUCUUCCAAUCUCUAUUGAGUUUGCUUUGUGCUUAUUUUAGAAUCUAAAUAGGACCCACCAGUACGAAACCAAUUGUACACUCAUGACCAAGCUUUUGUGAGCAGCUGACUUUUUCGCUCUCGAAAACAUACAAGAGUCCAGUCUGACCAAAAUAAAUCACAUCGUCAUAUCCGGACUGAGUCGUGUUAGUUUGAAUCGAUAGAUGGAGAAUGUUGUGAUCAAAUCAAUCAAAUGUGUUUUUGCUGAAACCCUUUUGACCAAUAGCAAAAGACUUUAUGAUGCUCUGUAGGUGGCUAACCUACAUGUACUGUAUCUUGUAUUGUAACUUUGUACAUGUUGUGCAUCAGUGCUGAGAAAAUAAAUGUCAUUUGAUCUCUGUG